GGAGGAAAGUUUUUUAAAAAUUUUUGUUUUAUAGAGGAAGGCCUAAAAGAUUGGCGCGAAAAGUCAUUAAUCAACAUCGCAAGGUCUGGAGGGAGUACCCAAUCAAAUGAUGUGAUUCAAUACGAGGAGUAUGAAUAUAUUUUGAAAAACAAAGAGAAUGUGUUAAACGACCAAAAGUUGACAAAAGAAAAUUUCAAAGUAUUCGAAAAGUCUGUUCAAACGCUUAAAGCUAAGGUUGAAGGUUUUAAGCAAAAUUUUGAAAAUUACACAUGUGGAGACGGCUUUGUGAAAUUUGUGAAGAAAGUUUUGAAGGAAUACUAUUCGAAAACUGCAGACGAUAUAUUUAAAACUAUAGGAAUCGACUGUUUCAAAUUGACAUCAGAAGCGGACGUUCCAACUUCAACUACCAAAAUCAAUCAACUACUCAAGCUAGUGAUUGAAUCCAAAAAAUUUAUUAGAGAUUUAAAUUCUGAAGCGGCAGAAGGCUCCUUUGUUGAUAUAUUCUCUUUUAUGAAAAAUCCGGAAAUGAAAGAGUUGGAAACGAUUUUUGAGCUGUCAAAAAUUCAGUCGAGAAAAUUAGAUGAAGAAAUUAAUGAAGAGAUUUAUAGGGAGCAUUUGAAAAAUAAAACUCAGAAAAAUAAAAUGAAGGAAUACAAAAAUGCGGUUGUGGAGGGUGCUGGUCCCAUUGGUUUAUAUUCUACCUACAAACUUUUUCUUGGUACGACAUGUUUUUAUAAAGAAGUUUAG